AUGGCAAGCAAUACUCAAAGACGGGCCUAUUUACCAAGGGUACGCCAGUACACUCUGAAAACAGACAGGACUCUGGAGUGGGCGGGCCGAAGGAUCCCUGUCGCUUCUCGCAAAGCCGGGGGAGUCGUUGGCUCUUCGUUCUCUUUCCUUCUCGCGGCGCCCGAGCGGAGCAGCCGGUGCCUGGCCAUGGCCGUGAACCCAGACCUGCGCAAGGAGCGGCAGGCGGCGUCUUUCGACACGCAGAAUCUGACCAACGUCUUGGACGGCGGCGCCGAGCGAACCCGCCGCCGCAAGGAGAUCGAAGCCCUUGUUUUAAGCGACCCAGACUUCAAGCACGAGGAUGUUAAUUUCCUUUCCCGCAGCCAGCGCUAUGCGCUAGCUAUCAAGAAAAGUGCACUCAUGGUGAUGAAGCUCAGAGAACUUGGGAUUGCAGAUCCUGAUGAGAUUUACUGGUUUAAAAGAUUGUGCAUGGGCACUUACAGUGCACCUGUUGAUCUGCACUACACCAUGUUUAUACCCACUUUAGUGAACCAGUGCACUGAUGCCCAGAAAGAGAAAUGGCUGCCUCUGGCCUAUGGAUUCCAGAUAAUUGGCACCUACGCUCAGACGGAAAUGGGGCACGGAACUCACCUCCGUGGCUUGGAAACCACAGCCUCCUAUGACCCUGCUACUCAGGAAUUCAUCCUCAACAGUCCCACUGUGACUUCGAUUAAGUGGUGGCCAGGUGGAUUGGGUAAAACAUCAAACCAUGCCAUAGUUUUGGCACAGCUUCAUACCCAAGGCCAGAACCAUGGUCUACAUGCUUUCAUCGUGCCUAUACGUCAGUUGGGAACUCAUGAGCCACUGCCAGGCAUUACCGUUGGUGACAUUGGACCAAAAUUUGGUUAUGAUGAAAUGGAUAACGGCUACUUGAAAAUGGACAAUUUCCGCAUUCCCCGAGAGAACAUGCUAAUGAAAUUUGCUAAGGUUGAGCCAGAUGGGACAUAUGUGAAACCUCUCAGUGACAAGCUGACAUAUGGCACCAUGGUUUUCAUCCGUUCAAUCAUUGUAGGCGAUGCGGCACGCUCUUUAGCCAGAGCAUGUACCAUUGCCAUCCGCUACAGUGCAGUGAGACACCAGUCUGAAUUGAAACCAGGGGAGCCAGAGCCCCAGAUCUUGGAUUAUCAGACUCAGCAGUACAAACUCUUUCCUCUUCUGGCAGCAGCUUAUGCCUUUCACUUUGUGGGAGCCUAUAUGAAAGACACGUAUCGUCGCAUCACUGCAGACAUCACUCAGGGAGACCUGAGAGAAAUGCCGGAGCUCCAUGCGCUGUCUGCGGGGCUAAAGGCCUUCAGUUCCUGGAUUGCCAAUGCUGGCAUUGAAGAAUGUCGGAUGGCAUGUGGUGGGCACGGCUAUUCCCGGUGUAGCGGCCUUCCAGAUAUUUAUGUGAAUUUCACCCCCUCUUGCACCUACGAAGGAGAGAACACAGUCAUGAUGUUGCAGACAGCACGGUUUCUGAUCAAAAGCUAUACACAAGUUAGUUCUGGACAAUUAGUUAGUGGCAUGGUUUCCUAUCUGAAUGACUUACCAGGACAACGCAUUCAGCCACAGCAGAUGUCUGCUAGGCCUGCAACACUGCAUAUCAACAAUCCAGCCAGUUUGGUGGAGGCCUAUAAACUGAGAGCUUCUAGGCUGGUUGAAUUUGCAGCAAAGAAUUUGCAAGCUGAGCUAAACCGUAGGAAAAACAAGGAGGAUGCUUGGAACCGAACUUCUGUUGACUUAGUGCGAGCAUCUGAGGCACAUUGCCAUUAUGUGGUGGUCAAGCUGUUCACUGCAAAGAUCUCAGAAAUCGGUGACGCAGCCACUCGUGCUGUGCUUAACAACCUGUGUCUUCUCUUUGCACUUCAUGGGAUCAGUAAGCACAGUGGAGAUUUCCUACAGGGAGCCAUUUUGACAGAUGCACAGAUAACUCAGGUGAACCAGCGCGUUAAGGAGCUCUUGGCAUUAAUCCGUCCUAAUGCAGUAGCUCUAGUGGAUUCAUUCGACUUCCAUGAUUCCUUUCUUGGAUCUGUGCUUGGCCGAUACGAUGGUAACGUCUAUGAAAACAUGUUUGAAUGGUCAAAGAAAUCACCGUUAAAUAAAACACAGGUCCAUGAGUCUUUCCACAAGCACCUGAAGCCAAUGCAAGCCAAACUGUGAUGAAGUUAUGCUGUUGCUUGUCUAGUACUCGGUUCCCCAGAAUCGAUGUCGUUUGCCCUGUGUGCACUCAAAUCACUUGACGAAUCUUAAUCGCCAUAGGGUAGUCAGUAAUUGUAACCUUUCUUCCUGAUUUUUUUUUAAAAAAGAAGUCCUGAGGGGAUUAGAGAGGGGGAACACAAGAUUAUAUAAAGUGCAAUUGUAAUUAUGUUGAGAAAUUAACCUUUUUAAUCAUUCAGAAAAGCUUUACAGAUUGGUGUAAGGCAUCGAUUUUGUGAAGCACUUAACUGCUGAGGAACCCUGUGUCAUCUAGCAGGAUUUUUACUACUAAGUAGUUGUAUUCAGGAAACAGUUGCUGGGGGGCAGCCGCUUGUCAUCUGAAACUUCUUUUAAGACUCGAGACAAGACUUGUACACCAUGUCACUGUUGUACUUAAACCAGGCAAGAGUUGUCAGAAUCCUCCAGCAAACUCGUUCUACUUAGUGAGAUUUGCUCCGCCUUAGCAGGACUUAAAAGGCCUGGGCAGUCUCAAUAGUUUGCUUCAUUGUCCGAGGAAUGGACUUCUGCUGUCAUGGGUACAGUAAGAGCUCAUAUCCCUGUUUUAUCUAGAACUCUAACCCUAUUUACAUACCACUGCCCCGUGGUAUUAAAAUGCACCCUGCAGCUGUUCCUGCUUCUCUAGAAGGUCUGCCCCCUUUCUUUGAGUGGUUUUUGGUAAAUUGGAAGGGGGAGAUGGUAAAGGAUCCCUGUUCUCGUAUCUGGAGAAUAAUAAGGGAAGUGCUCUCACCCUUAGUCAUUCUUAGCAUUUAUGUUAUUUCAGAUCUGUAAAGCUUUCAUCCUGGGUUGGGGUGGGGGGAUCUUACUUGUUCCAGUUUGACCCGGAAGGCAGACAAGGAAUCUUUCUGAAGUACUUACACUAUUUUAGAAAUGAAUUUAUUGAUACUGUUGUGCCCUGAAUUUAUGGGAUUAUAUAGCUAGACUAGAUGAGAAGAGGGACUCUCCUUCAUUCCAGUUUUAAAGCCAAAGUGUGUCGGCUGGCAUAGAAGGCUGAAGCUUCAGUAUGCCACAGUCAGAUGAUUGCAGAGAUUUAAUCAGAUAGCAGCUUAAAGUUUUAGUACUGUGCAGAACUUCAUUCUCUGAAAUCCAUAGCACUAAACACUGGUGCAAAAUGGAAAGAUUCAGCCUAAUUAACUUCUUAACUAGCAAAUCAAGUUUUAAAAAUAACUAGUUGAAGAGCUUGGAGCUCCCUUCAGAUGCAAGAAAGCAUAAUCAAAGAACUGGAACAAAGUCUUUAGAAGAUGACUUUUGGACCUUUUAUAUCCCCUGUUCAAGACACAAAGAUGCUGCUUGGUCUCUUAUAAUAACCUUCAAGCAGGGGGAAGAAGCAUGUAUUUUUAAAACUGAUGGGAACUUUGAUUGUAAAGUCAUUUUUUUAACUUCCUAGCUGCUGAAGCAUUUGAUCUGAUGUACCUGAUUACUGUACUUCUAACAUGUUCAUCCUCGACUCUUUAUACUUCCGUGGAAUGCUGAUUAAAAACUGUAUAGUUGAAGAUUGCUGGGCCAUCAAUUGCAGAACAUAUGUAGAUAUUAAUAAAGAAACUUGCUUUCAAGCUGUAAUGAAAA